AUGGAGCCGGCGGGCACCGGGCGGCGCUGGCCGGGGCCGCCCGCGCCGCUGCUGCUCCUGCUGCUCCUGCAGGUAGCGGGGCCGGCGGGCGCCCUGGCCGAGACCCUGCCGGGCGCCAGGGCCGUGGGCACCAGCGCCAGCCCGCCCAGCCCCGCGAGCGUGGUGGCUCCGGGGACGACGCCGCUGGAGGAGAGCCGGCUGCCCGUGUUCACCCUGGACUACCCGCACGUGCAGAUCCCCUUCGAGAUCACCCUGUGGAUCCUGCUGGCCUCCCUGGCCAAGAUCGGCUUCCAUCUCUACCACAAGCUGCCCACCAUCGUGCCCGAGAGCUGCCUGCUCAUCAUGGUGGGCCUUCUGCUCGGGGGCAUCAUCUUCGGCGUCGAUGAGAAGUCGCCUCCCGCCAUGAAGACGGACGUGUUCUUCCUGUACCUCCUGCCCCCCAUCGUGCUGGACGCGGGCUACUUCAUGCCCACCCGCCCGUUCUUCGAGAACAUCGGCACCAUCUUCUGGUACGCCGUGGUGGGCACGCUGUGGAACUCCAUCGGCAUCGGCGUGUCCUUGUUCGGCAUCUGCCAGAUCGAAGCCUUCGGCCUGAGCGACAUCACUUUGCUGCAGAACCUGCUCUUCGGCAGCCUGAUCUCCGCCGUGGACCCCGUGGCCGUGCUCGCUGUCUUCGAGAACAUUCACGUCAACGAGCAGCUCUACAUCCUGGUCUUCGGGGAGUCCCUGCUGAACGACGCGGUGACAGUGGUCCUGUACAACCUGUUCAAGUCCUUCUGCCAGAUGAAGACCAUUGAGACUGUUGACGUGUUUGCCGGGAUUGCCAACUUCUUCGUUGUGGGCAUCGGUGGCAUGCUGAUCGGCAUCUUCCUGGGAUUUAUAGCGGCCUUUACCACGCGGUUCACACAUAACAUACGGGUGAUCGAGCCACUCUUUGUCUUCCUGUACAGUUAUUUGUCCUAUAUCACAGCCGAAAUGUUUCACCUCUCAGGUAUCAUGGCAAUCACCACUUGUGCAAUGACUAUGAACAAGUACGUGGAGGAAAAUGUGUCUCAGAAAUCCUACACGACCAUCAAGUACUUCAUGAAGAUGCUGAGCAGUGUCAGCGAGACCCUGAUCUUCAUCUUCAUGGGCGUGUCCACCGUGGGGAAGAACCACGAGUGGAACUGGGCCUUCGUCGGCUUCACGCUGGCCUUCUGCCUCAUCUGGAGAGCACUGGGUGUCUUUGUCCUGACUCAGGCCAUUAACUGGUUCCGGACAAUUCCCCUGACCUUUAAGGACCAGUUCAUCAUUGCCUAUGGAGGGCUCCGAGGGGCCAUCUGCUUUGCGCUGGUCUUUCUCCUUCCUGCUGCUGUGUUUCCCCGGAAAAAGCUCUUCAUUACAGCUGCAAUUGUCGUCAUAUUCUUCACUGUCUUCAUUCUGGGAAUAACCAUUCGGCCACUCGUGGAGUUUCUCGAUGUUAAAAAGGCCAAUAAGAAGCAGCAAGCCGUGAGUGAGGAAAUCCACAGCCGGUUCUUUGACCAUGUGAAGACUGGGAUUGAAGACGUCUGUGGACACUGGGGCCACAACUUUUGGAGAGACAAGUUUAAAAAGUUUGAUGACAAAUACCUGCGGAAGCUUUUGAUUCGGGAAAACCAGCCCAAGUCGAGCAUUGUGUCCUUAUACAAAAAGCUGGAGAUAAAGCACGCCAUCGAGAUGGCGGAGACCGGGCUGAGGAGCGCCGGGCCUUCGUUUGCGUCUCUGAAUGACUGUCAUGAAGAAAAAAUAAGGAAGCUUACACCUGGUGAAAUGGAUGAAAUACGAGAAAUAUUAUCAAGAAAUCUCUAUCAAAUCCGCCAGCGAACUUUGUCAUACAACAGACACAACCUGACGGCUGACACGAGUGAAAGACAAGCCAAGGAGAUUCUGAUCCGCCGAAGGCACAGUUUGCGAGAGAGCAUUCGCAAAGACAGCAGCUUGAGUCAGGAGCGCAGGGCUUCCACAUCAGCCUCCCGUUACCUGUCCUUACCCAAAAACACAAAGCUGCCAGAGAAGCUGCAGAAGAAGAGGAAUGUUCCUAAUGCAGGUGGCAACAGCAGUGACUCGGAUGCAGAUGCCGGGACCACUGUCCUCAACUUGAAGCCCCGCGCGAGGCGCUUCUUGCCGGAGCAGUUCUCACAGAAAGCGCCCCAGGCCUGCAGGAUGGAGUGGAAGAACGAGGUGGACAUCGAUGCGGCCGGGCAGCCCUGCACCCUGGCGCCCCACCGCAGGGAGGGGGCCACGCAGACCCCGGGCGCUCUGCGGCAGCCCUUGCUCCCCCACGGCCAGCUAGGCCCGGGGCGGGAGAGCCCCCUGACUGAGAACCAGCGACCCAGGCCGCCCCCCAGGCUGGUCCGAAGGGCCUCGGAGCCUGGAGGCCGCAAGGCUCGCUGGGGGACUGAGCGGCCCUAG